GGGAGGAAAAUUCAGAAAACCCACAGAUUCUUGGAAUAUGCAUUUUGCACAGCCAAUGAGAUUCGCACUCCAAUUGUUGUGGCUGGUGUCUGUUGGCCAACGGCUAUUCUUUUCUUUUUCCUUUCCUUUUUUGCCCUUUAUCCAAAUCCAGUUCCUUGCCCUGCAACCUCCAAGUGGAUAUGAUUCCUUAUCUGAAAACCAACACUAUCACCCUUCUAGUUCUCUCCCGGUCAUUUCAUCAGCCAUCGUCAGCCAAAACCACCGACGUCCCAAAUGGAAGCUCUGCUCCUGAGCAAGCCUGCUUCCCACUUCAAAUUUUCUUCCAAACACGGACAUUGGCCUCUCUUUACUUUUCCCGCACAAUCUCUUCGGCUUCAACCAACUAACACCGCCCUAUUCACCGUCCGCGCCAUCCAAAAUCAGGAAAAGCAAAUUUUCCAGGACGCACCCGCACCCGUCGACAACGAGGGUGAAUCCUACGGUGAAGUGAAAGGUAUCAUCGGAAGCAGGGCCCUGGAAGGCGGAACUGGCAUGGAGUAUUUGAUCGAAUGGAAGGACGGUCAUGACCCCUCCUGGGUCCCCUCCGAUUUCAUUGCCCAGGACGUGGUGGCCGAGUACGAGACCCCGUGGUGGACUGCGGCCAAGAAAGCCGAUGAAUCGGUUCUCAAGCAGCUCAUCGACGCCGACGACGGCAGGGACAUCGACGCGGUCGACGGCGACGGGCGAACGGCGCUUCUGUUCGUAUCGGGUCUGGGGUCGGAGCCGUGCGUGAGGGCUCUUGCCGAAGCGGGGGCAAAUCUGGAUCAUCGAGAUAAUGCCGGGGGGCUGACGGCGCUUCACAUGGCGGCGGGGUACGUGAGGCCUGGCGUGGUGAAGCUUCUGGCGGAUCUGGGGGCGGACGUGGAGGUGGAAGACGACAGGGGACGGACGCCGCUGGAGCUGGCGAAGGAAAUUCUGAAGGCGACACCGAAAGGGAACCCGAUGCAGUUCGGGAGGAGGAUAGGGCUGGAGGGCGUGAUAAGAUGCCUGGAGGGGGCAAUAUACGAGUACGCGGAGGUGGAGGGGAUACUGGAGAAGAGAGGGAAGGGCGAGAACCUGGAGUACUUGGUGAAAUGGAAGGACGGCGGAGAGAACGAGUGGGUGAAGGCCAAGUUUGUGGCGGAGGAUCUGGCGAGGGAUUACGAAGCGGGGCUGGAGCACGCGGUGGCGGAGAGAGUGGUGGGAAGAAGAGACGGGGACGACGGGAAGCCAGAGUUUCUGGUGAAAUGGACCGACAUGGACCAGCCCACGUGGGAGCCCCAAGGCAAUGUGGAUCCUCAGCUCAUUCUGGAAUUUGACGCCAGCCCAAAAGAAGACCCGUGACCCUGGGGUUUGGGCCGGACAUGGAUGGAUUCUGAUUCUUGGCAAGAUUGUAAUUCGAUAUUAAGGGUCAUUGAAUUAAUUGCUUCUAGGGGCGGGGGCGGGGGCGGGGGCGGGAUUAGGUGGGAGAUGAGAUGAGACGCAGCCGGAAUGUUGUCUUUUUUUGGGGGAUGAGAGUUGGCAACGGAUGAGAACAGGAGCGGAUGGGAAAAGGCGACAUAAUUGAAUUCGUGUAUAUUUAAUACUGGAGAUUAGAUAGGAGUCUUUUUGGAAAGAAGUAGAAGGAAGGACGUGGGGAAGGCGAUUGAGAGAAGUGGGCCCCAAGUCCUUGUAUUCAAACCAAACUGAUCUAAAAGUCUAGGCAUUUUGUUUUGGGAUGUAACGUUGUCCAUUCUUUACUGUGGUCAAGCAGCGUGCUUUCGACUUUCCGUGUCACAGAAAACGUGGAAUUCUCGGAGUCUAACCCAUUAUUGGGUACAACAAGCAGUGUGGUUGAUUGAAAAGGAAAAUGCAGGUGAAUCCUAACAGGCUAGUGGAAAAGGACAAGAUUUGUAGAGUAAAACAGGGCUUUGAUGAUCUCCGUAAAGUAUAAUCCCAUUUGUCUCGCCAUUCAAUCCUAGUCAUUCCUACCAACCUGGCAUUUCAGUCUUCCCACAUUGUAAUUAAUCACACUGCUUUCUUUCUCCGCCCUAAACACUGCUCUUCAUUUCAAUCCAUGUCCAAUUAUCCUCCUCAACGGUAGCGCAAGUUAUAUGUUACAUCUGCUUAUGUGAAAUUACACCUCACGAAUUGUACGCCUGAUUAUUAUUAUUAUUAUUAUUAUUAUUAUUAUUAUUAUUA